GCUAAAACAUUCGGGUCACACGAAAAUACAUGCACUCUAUUGCGCACGUCGGCCUCUUUUUCCAUGAAACACCAAUUGACUUCGGUUUGUCUGUUCUCGCUGAUCUUUGUUUUACAUGAUUAAAACAUCCUAAAGCUCGAUUCUGCACUUAGUUUGACCAGUUUAGUCGACAUAUAAUAUGUAAUUUUGAAGUUUUGAUGCGCAAGAGUGCGGGACCAGAAGUCAUUUUGGGUGCAUUUCAGCUGAAGCUGUUGGCAUAUGCUAAUACAGAGACACACAACUUGAAACCAAACGAUGUAUUGGGACCGCACACCCAGCUCCUCUCCUGAGAACGGACCCCAUCCCCUCUCCUCCUUCUUGGCCAGACCCUGUGUCCAAGCCCGGCUGGGGGGCAGUGGACUGGGGCAGGAACGGCCACACUCAUCCUAUGAAGGGACCAUGAGUUCCAUGACUGUGAUGCUCCAGUUAUUGGGCAGUGAAGUGGCCCAGAGCUCCAGUCUAAGGGUCCAACAGGUGGCAACUCUGACAGUGCCAAAACUUAAUUUUCCUGGACACGUCCAGAGCGGACUGGACCAUCACCCCCAUCCCCACCAGCACCACCACCUCCAUGAGCUGCCUCUCACCCCUCCUGCUGAGCCCUCCUCCACCCCGGCUGCCUACACCUUUGAGCUCCCCCCAGUGAAGAUGCUCGCUCCUCAGGUCCAGGUUAGCUCUCAUACUCCAUACUUCCACCCCCAGCACAAUGAUAUGGGGGAGAACUUCCUCCAAGGUUCCACAGAAAGACACCCCCACCACCCUGGUCGGCAUACAGAGGAAGGUCAGCAGUGGUGGAUAUUACCCCAGACCACCAGGAGCCCCCAUGGUCAUCAGCAACCUCAUGGCCAGACCCACCAUCACCACUCUCACCCCUUUGCCCUGGGCAGACAGCUGGCGUUGGGGAACCAGCCUCAGAUUGCAGCCCUCCUCCAAGGCUCUUCCAAGUGCCUGCUGGGCUCCACACGCUGCUGCAGGCACUGCAAGUGCCCCAACUGCCAGGCCUCCUCAGGGUGCACAGGGGCUCCAGCUAACCCUGAGGAACCAGGCCAGAGGAGGCUCCACAUCUGUCACUUGCCCGAGUGUGGCAAGGUGUACAAGAAGACUUCCCACCUGAAGGCCCACCUGCGAUGGCAUGCCGGGGAGCGACCUUUCGUCUGCAGCUGGCUCUUCUGCGGGAAGAACUGCACGCGCUCUGACGAGCUGCAGAGGCACCUGCGCACACAUACUGGGGAAAAGCGCUUCGGCUGCCAGACGUGUGGGAAGGGGUUCAUGCGGAGCGACCACCUGGCAAAACACGAGAAGACCCACCAGGGGGGAGGGGCCACGACAACCAGGGCCCCCAACAGGAGGCUCCACAGCCACAGGGUGGCACCAGAGGACCAGCCAGGAACAUCAAGAAGGAGUAGAGAAAAUACAAAAAGCCAAGUGACUCGCGGUCAGUAUGGUGUGUUUUAUUGAGAACCCCUGCUCCCUCUGUGUGUGUGGAGUUCAGGCCAUGAGACCCACAGAAAGACAGAAGGGCCAGUGUGGAGACAGAGUCGAGGGCAGACCAAUGGCCUUUCUCUGGAGAAAGAGACUUCUUACACAAACCUUUACACCAUCAAACCAUUGUCAUGACAACAUGUUUGUCAUGGUCAUUGUAGCCAGCAUUGUCCACUCCGCCAGCAGGAGGCCUGUGAUCUUCAGAGGAUGUUCUGUUCAGCAUGACUGCCUGUGUGGAGAUUGGCAAUAAAAGCAGAAGAGUUGU